AUGAAUCGCCAACUUUUCAUUGCAGCAAAACCUGCUCAUUGGUGUAGAAUACCGGAAUUUGACAAACUGCAGUUUUGGUCUGCCAAUCUAAUGAAAAACCUGAGUAUACCAUCAUAUAUUAAGGAUGGAGUUUCUCAGUCUGCUGGAUGUAGCAUGUAUGUUCGAAAUUAUAGUUAUAUUGUUGACAUUAUAAACAGCGUGAAAAACAAUUCAAUUAUAGUUGAAAAGCUAUCACCCCCCUUAAAUAUAACACAAUGUCAGCAUGGUUGGGUGUAUGAUAACUCAUUGUUCGACUCUACUGUUGUUACUCAGUGGGACCUGGUUUGCGAAAAAGAUUUUUUCACAACUGCUGCUCUUAGCAUAUUUGGCUUAGCCGGUUUAAUUGGAAAUUUAGCAUUCGGGUAUAUGCAGGACUACUGGGGAAGAAAAUCUUCAUUUUUCAUAUAUUUGCUGAUUGAAAUCAUUGCAUGCGCACUCGGAGUGUUAACUCAAAAUUAUGGUCAAUGGAUAGUCACUCGCUUUAUUGUGGGUCUAACGGUUCCUGCUAUUUUAUCCAGUCCAUAUGUAUUAGCAAUAGAAUUGGUAGAACCAUCAAAGCGUGAUUUCUGUACGAUAGUAUCCAAUAUCGCUUACUCAAUUGGUCUAAUUUUACUAGCAGGAGUCGUACAUAUUUUCCGUGGAUGGAAAGCCUUGUCGUUGGCUGUAUCACUGCCGUUUUUUUCGCUAUUCACAUUUUACUAUUUCAUUCCUGAAUCCCCUCGAUGGUUAAUUUCUAGAAACCGGUUCAAAGAGGCUGCAAUGGUGAUGAAAAACAUGGCGCGAAUAAAUGGAAAGCCGAUUCCCACAAACUAUGAAACCGUUUUAAAAAAUAAGCUAUGCGCUUCCUCAGAUAUCACUAUAGACGCAAAGUACAACUAUGGCAUCAAAGAUUUAUUUUUUGGCAAAAACUUGGCCCGCAAAACAAUUAUUAUAACAUAUAUUUGGUUUACUAAUACAAGUGUUUACGUAGGACUUAGCUAUUACGCUCCAGCUCUUGGGGGCGAUGAAAUACUUAAUUUCUUUUUAGCUGGUAUUGUGGAGCUACCAACAUAUAUUGUACUGUGGCCCAGCUUAUAUUUCUGCGGUCGGCGCUGGAUACUAUGUAUAUCAAUGAUGCUAGGCGGCUUUGCUUGUUUAUUCACAUUCAUCACACAGACAGAUCAAACUACCACGCUGGUUUUGUACUGUAUUGGCAAAAUGGGCAUAUCGUCAGCAUUUGUAAUACUGCCACUUAUGGCUUCUGAGCUUUACCCCACAGUGGUUCGUGGUUUAGGAAUGAGUUUCAGCUCCGUUAUUGGAAUGAUUGGUCCCAUCAUAAUUCCUUUUGUAAAUUAUAUGGGAAACGAAGUCGCCGUAUUUCCACUCAUUGUCAUGGGAUUAUUAUUGAUCAGCGGUGGAUGUUCUAGUUUGUUGCUGCCAGAGACUAAAAAUGUAAGACUUCCACAAACACUAGCCGACAGUGAACGUGUCGCAUUAUCUAGACCGAUUUGUAGUUUAUGA